AUGAUGAUGGCCAGUGGCGGCGGAGCAGCCGUGGACCAUAACGGGAUUUACGCCGACCUCCACAGCCUCCAGCAGCCCCUCAUGGAGCCCGAUAACCCGGACUCCCGCAAACGACCGCUGGAAACUCCGGCGGAGGAGGCCGGCUGCACCAAGCGGACCAACACCGGAGAGGAGGGCGAGUACUUCCUGAAGGUGCUGAUCCCCAGCUAUGCAGCCGGCUCUAUAAUUGGCAAGGGCGGCCAGACCAUCGUACAACUGCAGAAAGAGACGGGUGCCACCAUUAAGCUGUCCAAAUCCAAAGACUUCUACCCAGGAACAACAGAACGCGUCUGUCUGAUACAGGGGACAGUCGAAGCUCUCAAUGGUGUUCACAACUUCAUUGCGGAGAAAGUCCGUGAGAUGCCUCAGAGCGCUCAGAAACCCGAACCUGUCAGCAUACUGCAGCCACAGACCACCGUCAACCCUGACCGGGUCAAACAGGCCAAAUUGAUCGUGCCCAAUAGCACGGCUGGACUGAUCAUUGGCAAGGGUGGAGCCACAGUGAAGGCAGUGAUGGAGCAGUCAGGGGCUUGGGUGCAACUCUCCCAGAAACCAGAGGGCAUCAACCUCCAGGAGCGCGUGGUAACCAUCAGUGGGGAGCCUGAACAGAACCGCAAGGCUGUGGAGAUCAUAGUGCAGAAGAUCCAGGAGGACCCUCAGAGCAGCAGCUGUCUCAACAUCAGCUAUUCUAACGUCUCGGGUCCAGUGGCCAACUCCAACCCCACUGGCUCCCCCUACGCCAACACGGCUGAGGUCAUGCCCAACGCGGCCGCAGCAGCUGCCACUGCCUCUAGCCUUCUGGGUCAGGCCGGCUUGACGGGAAUGGGUGCCUUCCCCACCGCCAUGUCUAGCUUCUCUGGCAAUGAUCUGUUGGCCAUCACCUCAGCCCUCAAUACAUUGGCCAGCUAUGGCUACAACACUAACACCCUUGGCCUUGGCCUCAACCCUGCAGCUGCAUCCGGGGUUCUUGCUGCAGUAGCAGCUAGCGCUAACCCAGCUGCUGCUGCUGCAGCUAACCUGCUGGCCUCCUAUGCUAGCGAUGCCUCCGGCAGCGCUGGCCACCAUGCUGCGGGCCUUGGUGGGUUCUCCCUGGGUUCUCUAGCAGCUGCUACAGGGGCUUCCAAUGGUUACCUAAAUGCUUCAUCCCCGCUGAUGGCCUCCUCUCUACUGGCAGCAGAGAAGCUGGGAGAUGGGGCCAAGGACGUGGUUGAGAUUGCUGUUCCUGAAAAUCUGGUUGGUGCCAUUUUGGGGAAAGGAGGGAAAACGCUCGUCGAGUACCAGGAGCUAACAGGAGCCCGAAUCCAGAUCUCCAAAAAGGGAGAGUUCAUUCCUGGUACUCGGAACCGUAAAGUUACCAUAACAGGGUCGCCAGCCGCUACACAAGCAGCGCAGUAUCUGAUCAGCCAGAGGAUCACGUACGAGCAAGGUGUGCGUGCUACCAACCCACAAAAGGUGGGCUAA